GUGUGGAGUGGAGUGGAGUGUAGAGUGUAGAGUGGGAGUGAGGGGUGUAAAUGGCUUUGGAAGACCAGCGCGACAAGAACAUGUCUUUCACGCAGAUGGUGAUCGAGGAGGACUCCAUGAGGAACGGGCGGGGGCUGUCCGACCAGUGGGCCGACUCGGUGGUGGUCAGACCCAGGACCACCGAGAGGAACAUCACCGUCCACAAGAGGCUGGUCCUGGGUUUCGCCGUCUCGAUCCUGACCCUCAUCGUGGUCACCAUCAUCGCCGUCCUCCUGAGCGUGAAAUUCGAGGAGUGCCCCCACGAGAGCAGCAACAGGGCGGGUAACGGCACCGGCACCGGCACCGGGACCGGCACCGGGCACCCCCCGGGCAGGUCCAACCUGACCAGGGAGAGGGAGAGGGAGAGCCCGGGUGAGGCUGGAGGGCCACCCUGGACCCGUCUGAGAUUGCCCACCGCUCUGAAGCCCCGUCACUACGACCUGAGGACCACCGCUUCCAUGGACAACUUCACCUUCUCGGGGGAGGUCAGCGUCCAGAUCGAGUGCCUGAACUCCACUCGCUAUAUGGUCCUUCACGCCGACAGACUGGUGGUCCAGGGGGUGCGGGUGUCCCCCGGGUCCCUCCCCGGGUCCCUCCCCGGGGCCCUCCCCGGGGCCCUCGGGGUCAGUAAGUACUUCUUGUACCCGCAGAACCAGGUCCUGGUCAUUGUGCUGAGGAGGGAGUUGGAGGCGCAGAAACUUUACACUCUGAGGAUCAAGUUCAACGCCAAUAUCGCGGACGAGCUGCUCGGCUUCUUCCGCAGCUCCUACGUGACCCGGGAAGAGAGAAGCUACCUCGCAGUCACUCAGUUUUCUCCUACACAUGCUCGUAAGGCCUUCCCAUGUUUUGAUGAGCCAGUGUACAAAGCAACAUUUAGCAUCAGCGUCAAACACCAAGUGACGUACCUAGCAUUGUCCAACAUGCCUGUGGAGGCCACUAUCUCUGAGGAAGAAGGAUGGGUGACUGAGCGGUUUGAGCAAACACCUCAAAUGUCCACUUACUACUUGGCCUGGGCGGUUUGCAACUUCACCUAUAAGGAGACUGUUACCAAUAGUGGUAUAACUGUGCGGUUAUAUGCUAGAUCUGAUGCUAUUGAAAGAGGUUCUGGAGAUUAUGCUUUAAAUAUAACAAAACGACUUCUGGAAUUUUAUGAAGGUUACUUUAAUGUCAGCUAUUCUUUACCGAAAUUAGAUCUGUUAGCUGUUCCUAAAUAUCCUUACGCUGCUAUGGAAAACUGGGGACUAAGUGUGUUUGUAGAGCAGAAGAUUUUGCUCGAUCCUGGAAUCUCAUCCAUUCCCUAUUUGCUUGACGUGACCAUGGUUGUCGUGCAUGAAAUAUGCCACCAGUGGUUCGGUGACCUCGUCACCCCUAUUUGGUGGGAAGACGUGUGGUUAAAAGAGGGAUUUGCCCAUUAUUUUGAAUACAUUGGUACUGAUUAUCUUUACCCAGACUUUCAUAUGGAGAAACAGCGAUUCUUGACAGAUGACCUUCAUAAAGUGAUGCUACUUGAUGGACUGGCUAGCUCGCAUCCGAUAUCCCAGGAGGUGCUUCGAGCAGCAGAUAUUGAUAGAGUUUUUGACUGGAUCGCAUACAAAAAGGGUGCUGCAUUGAUUCGAAUGGUGGCUAACUUUAUGGGGCAGAAUGUGUUUCAAACAGGACUUCAGGAUUUUUUGAUUGCUCACAUGUAUGGCAAUGCAGGAAGAAAUGACUUGUGGAAUAAGCUUUCAGAGACGAUGCAGAAAAUGGGAAAAAAUAUAAACAUCAAGGACGUCAUGGACUGCUGGACAUUGCAGAUGGGUUAUCCUGUCGUCACUAUUGCUAGGAAUGAAAGCAGUGCUGAUAAUUUAACAAUCAGCCAAGAACACUUCAUUUUUGAUCUAACAGUGAAAUCAAAGAAUCCAAACGUUAUAAAUAGCAGCUACCUGUGGGAGAUUCCUUUAACAAUUGCUGUAGGAAACUUAAGUCACAUUUCAUCGGAGACAAUGAUAUGGAUUAAUAACAAAACAGAGCAUCACAGGAUUAUUCCCUUGGAUAAAAAUAAUUGGCUUCUUGGAAACCUUAACCAGACUGGCUACUUUAGGGUUAACUACGAUUUGAGGAACUGGAGGUUAUUAAUUGAACAACUCAUGACGAACCCUGAGGUAAUCUCUGUUGGCAAUCGAGCAGGUCUAAUUGAUGAUGCUUUCAAUCUUGCCAGAGCUGGAUACUUACCACAGCAUAUUCCUCUGGAGAUUAUCUGCUACCUUUCCAAGGAGAAAGAGUUUCUCCCAUGGCAUGCAGCGAGCAAUGUGCUGCGUUACCUGGGCAAACUGGUGGAUCGCAACAAGGACUACAGCAUAUUUUGUAAAUACAUUUUACAAAAUGUCGCCCAGACAUACAAAGCACAUGGUUGGCCAGAAGAUACUUCAAACAGUUCAGUUGUGCCGGAGGCAUACCAGACUGAGGAACUACGUCGGGAGGUUAUUAUUCUGGCUUGUAAAUUUGGCUUGCUCCCCUGCCAUGAGAAGGCUGUAUCUUUGCUUUCAGAGUGGAUGUCGACUGAUUAUAACAGAAUCUCACCAAACGUUAGGGACAUUGUCUACUGCACUGGAAUCUCACUGAUGGAUGACAAUGUGUGGGAUUUCAUCUGGAAUAAGUACCAAUCUUCAACUGCAGUUUCAGAGAAGAAAAUAUUACUGGAGGGCUUGACAUGCAGUAAAAGCACCUUUUUGCUAAACAGGCUGCUUAACCUGUCCCUGAACACCCAAUGGAUUCCUGAACAGAAUACAAUAGAUAUUAUAAUUCUUGUGGCUAAAUAUCCAAAUGGACGGCAUUUAGCUUGGAAAUUUUUCAAGGAUAACUGGGACAUUUUGAAUUCAAGAUACGGAGAAGCCUUGUUCAUGAGCUCUAAACUUAUCAAAGGAGUGACAGAGUUCCUGAGUACAGAAGCUGAACUGAAUGAGCUGAAGGACUUUAUAAAAAACCUCGGAGGGGAAAUAGCUGUCUCAUUCACACAAGCUAUUGAAAUAGUGGAAGCAAAUGUUCGGUGGCACAGUCUCUUUGAAGAAGAGCUGUUCCAAUGGCUCAGGAUAUCCAUGAACAGUUAAUUUUUAACACCUAUAAAUAUUUAUAGCAUGAAGUACUUUGAUGCAUUUGUAUUAUUUAAAUUUUCUCUACUUUUUAAUGAGAAAGAACAAAAGAACUGCAUUGCAAAUUUUUUGCACUGGUUAUUUUUCUGCAAAAUUACAAAAUUCCUCCCGAGGAGAAAAAAAAGCAAUUGCUUUAAAAAUUUGAAAUGGCUUUACGGGACCGAGAAUGUCAUUGCAACUAGUGCAUGUUAUUUACAGUCAGUGGAGAAAAAAAAUAUUACAAUGUAUUUUAUGCAUGAAUGUUUUGUCCCUUCAGUAUUCCAGCAUGCUAGCUUCAAGGUUUUCAAUUUUGUGUAUUUGCGUUGUUCUUGUACUGAGACAUGGUAAUAUUAUGCAAUGUUUUAAAGCACAAAGACUGUUAAGGACAAUCAAUAUUGGAAUGGAAGGAAAUUAGACAACCUGAUCAAAUCUUAAAACCCAUCAAAAGAAAAAACAAGUGUGCUUAAAUUGUGAUGAAUAAAUGAUAAGUAUCGUCUUUUUAAAAAAAACACUACACUUUAAGGAACGUCACACGGAAUACUGACAGAAUUUUACAAAAAGAAGCUUUGAUUUUACCCUGAUACUGCCAAGUUAUUAUUGUGGAUUUUCUAAAUGGAAACCUCGAGCAUAUGUAUUUUAAACAGAAAAGAUAUCGAAUUUUAACUCUGUUAAUAAAAUUUUGUACAGUACAAUAUAAAGCUUCACUGUGUGAGUUUUUGAUGAGUGCAUAUUAGAACCAUAGAAACAGAACUGACAUGUUGAUUGCAUUUAGAGAA